AUGGACCUUCAACAAAAAAUAGCUGCAAGCCUGGAAUAUUUGCCUGAAGACCGCCGCCAUUAUGCCCUCCGGAAAAAGUUGAUACCCGAAUUCACCUACGAUCCAGGACUCGGAAAGGUCUUCAUCGAUCAAAACACCGGCACUACGUACGUUCUCCUAGAAAUAAUCGGAAAAUACGUCCAACUGCGGCGUACACACAACUACAAUCUUUUGGAUGUUAUCUACAAAGCUUGUUACUACACAUCCGAUUGGAUCCACAACGACAGUCUCCUUCCUUCCGGUUAUGCCACUGUCAAGUUCAUCCGACACGGACAAGAAAUCCGUCAGAGCAAGCUGGCGGGACAAUCAAUCCCUAAUUCGAACAUUAUUAACUUCGAUAAAUGGCUUAUUCAGAGAUUCAGGCAAGGAUUCUGUGUUGCAUUGCCUUAUAUGUCAGAAGGAUCGCUCCGUUACAUUCUGUCAACUCGAUUUCACAACGGAUUACCAGAGGAUUGUAUUGCUAUUGCUCUUAAACAAGCGCUUCUAGGUUUGUUUGAUCUUCAUUUUUCGGGUCUGGUUCAUAAGCGUUUCAGUGCUGGGAAUAUCUACUUUAAUUUCAAACAGAGACCUAUUUCAAAUGUCGAAAUCAAAUUGGGAUUUGCAGCAACCAUUUACGAUUCAGAGUUGGAAUCUCCUCUUUCUGUUAGUCACGGAACAGAACUUGGCCUUGACUCAACUGUUACCAUUCUACCAAAAAAUCCCGGUGGACUUUCGAAUCUAGAACUAUGUGAGUUGUACAAAUGGGCUGCUGCGCCGGAGGUGUUCUAUUCAAAAUAUGAGGAGGAUCUAAGUCAAGUUCCAUCACCUCUAUAUCAAGAUGAUGUUGCCCACACUGUUCAUUCCGAUAUCUGGUUAGUCGGUGUAGCAGCAUUGGAAUUAGCGUAUGGAAAUUUAAGAAUAAGCAAUCGCGAAGAAUUUGAGGCAAUGAUCAAGAAGAUAAAGAGGUCGAGGAGAUUGCCAGAUAAGUUGGAAGUUGUGCUUGAGGAGAUUAAUGUAGAAGAAGAGAAAGGGAAAGGGAAAAUGAAGAAACCUGUGGUAUAUUUUAACGACAAAUUGAAGUAUGUGAAAGGUAAAAGAAAGUUUUCGAAAGAGUUUGAGGAGUUGGUGUUGGAUUGUCUUCCUAGCAAAGAACCAAAGAGGCCAUCAGUUGGAGAUCUACUGCAGAGACCAUUUUUUCUGUAUGCUAAGAACUUGAAAUGGUUUCAACGUCGCGUGUUGUAUGCAAAGAAUCCAAUGCCUUAUUGCUGA